UGUCGUCGAUUGCAUCCUCUCUCCCUCCAAAUUUCACUUCCUAAUUCACAUUUCGUGCUGCCACAGAGAGAAUAGGGUUAGGGUUUGUUUUUGAAGAAAUCUCUCGAGAUGGCUAGAGCGAGGAGCCUAAGCAGAAGCUAUAGUCCCCGUCCUCGUCACAGGUCACCACCGCGCGACCGUAAAACCACCUACGACGAUAAUCGCCACCGUGAACGCUUGUCAUCUCGCGACCACGAAUCUUCUGAUCCUUCUGGUUUGCUUAUCCGUAAUCUCCCUCUCGAUGCUAGACCGAACGAUCUUAGGGAUUCGUUUGAGCGGUUUGGUCCGCUCAAAGACAUAUACCUGCCGAGGAAUUAUUAUACUGGGGAGCCGAGAGGGUUUGGAUUUGUUAAGUACCGUUAUGCUGAAGAUGCUGCUGAGGCGAUGAAGCGAAUGAAUCACAAAGUUAUUGGUGGGCGUGAGAUAACCAUUGUUUUUGCUGAGGAGAACCGUAAAACUCCACAAGAAAUGCGUACAACUAACCAUUCUAGUGGUCGACAUGGGGACUACAAGAGGACUUCACACAGAUCACCAAGGCGCAGAUAUCGUUCUCAUUCACGUUCGCGUUCUCCUCCAAGGCGAGAUUCAAGACACAGUAAAGGAAGAGAAGAUGACUUGUACUCUCCUCAAAGGUCAAGAUCUAUUUCUCGUUCUCCUUUGCCCCGCAAGGAGAAGAAAGACAAGUCUUAUAAUGUGUCCCAAAGCCCAAGGAGAAACCGUAGAAGUCGUGGCGAGGAGAGGGUGCUUACUCCAAUAAGGUCUCGUAGUCUGUCAAGGUCCCGUUCUCGAUCCUUGAGUCGUUGAUAAAUAACAAGAAGUGGGCUUCUAUGAUGGUCUUCUGGCUUUGAAGAAGACAGCUUUCUUAUUAGUGAAACACUGAAACACUAGAAUUUUAAGUUUUAUGUGUUUCACUACCUUUUUGCUAUUUUCUUUGUUUGCUUGUUUCGUUCUUAUAUAACACAGCUCAAUUUCAUUUGUAAAGAAGUCUUCAAUAUGAAAGUACUUUGCCUUUCUCUGUGUAAGUUGAUCAAUAGGCGUCUUAAUAAUCCACAAGCCUAAUUACCAAGAUAACUGCAUUACUUUCCAACAAUCAUUCUGUGCUGAUUGAUUAAAGAACCAUUGAACAACGAAAUUGAGUCAUUCGGUUGUCUUUGAGAAGUCGCUACAAAAGCAUUUGAGAGAAAAAAAUGGGAUGACAACAAACAAGAGAGAGUGAGUAAAAGCUCGUUCAAAAAUGAACACCUUUGCUUUAUUAGAAGAUACAAAUUAAAAACAUAAC